UAUAUCGUGUAUUGUAUGGAUUCCUCUUAACUGUAAGCCGCCUCGAUUGUCUUUUUGACGGAGAGGCGGGGUAAAAAUAAAGCUUUUAUUUCUUAUUUAUUAUCAACUUCCUCCUCUCUUGCAAAACCCCAGACAAACUAAAGAGGCAACGGGCCAUGGCCUUCCUCAGCGCUGUGGCAACUCAAGCCCGUCUGGGUUCAUUGGGGAGUCAAGAGGGAAGGAAGUAAAGCCUCUCAGGUGAGGCUGAGAGAGCAGCAGAAACAGGGAGAGGAGCGAAAGGGCCUGGCGCCUGAGGAGAAACAGUUCCCCCCAGAAAAGGCCGUCAGAACGCGCGACCAACGGUUUUUCCCGCCAACCGCCCGCUCUCGAGGACAGAUUGACAAGGAAAUUCACAGCAGAGAAAAAUGAAGCUUCUGUUUUUAAUAGUCUCAAUGUACCUGCUUGGUCAAAACGAAGGAAAUCCACUAAGUAACAAACCAAGAACAUUUGAUAACAUUAAGAGAGAAAUAGCUGACUAUUCAGACGUUGCUAAGAAAAUUAUCAAUCUUGCUGUUUAUGGAAAGGCCCAGAACAGAUCCUAUGAAAGACUUGCACUUUUUGUGGAUACCAUUGGACCAAGAUUGAGUGGUUCCAAAAGUCUAGACCUGGCUAUUCAGUAUAUGUAUGAAGCCUUGAAGAAGGAUGGGCUGGAAAAUGUCCACUUGGAACAAGUAAAAAUACCCCACUGGGAAAGAGGAGAAGAAUCAGCAAUAAUGGUGCAACCACGUAACCAUAGCCUUGCUAUUCUAGGGCUUGGUGGCAGUAUUGCAACUCCUCCAGAAGGCAUUACAGCUGAAAUCUUAGUAGUGACUUCAUUCAAUGAACUCCAUCAAAGAGCUCAAGAAGCCCAGGGAAAGAUUGUUGUUUACAACCAACGUUAUACUAACUACGGAGAAACAGUGUUGUACAGAAGUCAAGGAGCAGUGGAAGCUGCAAAAGUGGGAGCGAAGGCAGCUCUGGUCAAGUCCAUCGCUCCAUUUUCUAUUAAUAGUCCACACACCGGAAUUCAGUCAUAUGCAAUAGACAUCCCCAAGAUUCCUGUUGCCUGCGUUUCAGUGGAAGAUGCUGAGUUAAUGGCUCGAAUGUCUUCUCGUGGGACCAAAGUUGUUGUGUCUUUGAAGAUGGGAGCCCAAACCUAUCCUGAUGCUGAUUCGUUUAACACAGUUGCAGAAAUAGUUGGCAGUAAAUACCCUGAGCAGGUUGUUCUGGUGAGUGGACAUCUGGACAGCUGGGAUGUGGGGCAGGGAGCCAUGGAUGACGGUGGUGGAGCAUUUGUAUCAUGGGAAGCAUUAUCACUCAUUAAGGAUCUUGGGCUCCGUCCCAAGAGAACUCUGCGUUUAGUGCUUUGGACUGGAGAGGAACAAGGUGGAGUAGGUGCUGAACAAUACUACAAGCUGCAUAAAGUGAAUAUUUCCAACUUUGACAUUGUUAUGGAGUCUGAUGAAGGAACGUUCAUGCCCAGUGGCCUGGCUUUCACAGGCAGUGAUAAGGCCCGUAGAAUUAUGAAGGAGAUCAUGAAAUUACUGAAACCUAUCAACAUUACGGAUGUCUUUGAAAAUGGUGAAGGAACAGAUAUCAGUUACUGGAUGCAAGCUGGAAUACCAGGUGCCAGCCUGCAUGACGAUAUUACUAAAUACUUUUGGUUUCAUCAUUCCCAAGGGGACACUAUGACAGUUCAGAACCCAAGGGAAAUGAAUCUCUGUGCUGCUGUAUGGACUGUUGCAUGUUAUGUCAUUGCUGACAUGGAAGAGAAGUUGCCGGUCUAAUUUAAAAACAAAAUCAAGAAAAAAGGGUUGAUCUUUUCAGAUUCAAAUCAUGAAAGCAUCGGACCUACUGUAACUAAUGUAGUAAAAAAACCUGUAUUUUUUCCAAAAACUAUCUUUCUUCUAGAAAUUUUAGGAAUGCCGCUUUUAUUAGUUUCAGUUUGCUGAUUAAAUAUCUUCCACUUGUGAUGUUUAUUUUCUGCUACUUAUAUUAAAUUCUCAGGGGUGGGGUUUGUCUCUAUUCUGCAGUGUCUUAUGAGUCAUCAGCAAGCAAAUGGAUCUGUUUAUCUGCUAAAAACUUACAAUAAAUUUGUUAUAUUAUU